AUGUUUACCGAUCAACAAAAAAUUGGAGCUAUGCUCUCAGCAAUGGGAUUAUUUUUUGGAUUUUUAGGAGUUUUAUUAUUUUUAGAUAGAAAUUUAUUAGCAUUAGGUAACCUUUUAUUGGUAUCUGGUAUAGUUUUAAUUUUAGGUUUACAAAAAACUACAAAGUUUUUUGCCCAAAAGAAGAAAAUAAAAGGAACAAUCUUAUUCUUUUUUGGUAUCGUUGUAUUAUUAGUAACAAGAUGGACAUUUGUUGGAAUGGUCAUUGAAAUCUUUGGUUUUGUAAAUUUGUUUGGUGACGCAUUCCCAAUUGUUAUUUCAAUCCUUAGAAAAUUACCAAUAAUUGGAAAUAUAUUAAAUCAUCCAUUAGUAAAUAGAUUACUUCAAAAAGCGGAUUCUGGUAAUGAAUUACCUUUUUAA